AUGUCUGCCACCAGGUACCGCAGGUUUUUAAAGCUGUGCGAGGAAUGGCCACGGGACGAGUCCAAGAAAGGCCGGGAUUUGGGGACAUUUCUGCGGCAGAGAGUGGCUUCAGCCUUCCGUGAGGGGGAAAACACACAGGUACGGUGCAUUAACGGCUAAUAUUAGCAGACUGAGCUAAUAUAAUCAGAUUACUACUGCAGUGUGAGCGAGCAGACUCGACCUUGUCUGCUCGAUUAAUCACUAAUAUUGUUGUUUCGUGUUUUAAAUGCCGAAUUUUUGGGGUAAUACGAAGUUUUUGCCUGUUUUGUACCCUUUUAAUGCCCUCUGUGCAAACAUUCAAACUUUAAGGCAUCAAUGUAAACAGUGAAAAUGGGAGAUUGCAGGGUAACCAAUGAUUCGAUAACCGAUUAACCGAUCAAAAAAUAAUAUCGAGGUUCUGGAAUAACCUAAUCAGAUAUUUAUUCAUCCAAAUACCUGAUUAAUCCAAGAUAACACAAUGUCCCUUUAAGGUGAAGUUCAUUAUUAUCAUUAGUGCGACUACAGGAGGUCAUGUUGUGAUGCAGUGAACCGGAUUAGAAAGGGACUCUGACUAGGGGUAUGUGCUAUUUUAUAUUAUUGAUUGAAACUUAAUUUAGCCAGAAAAAAGUCAUUGAGAUUAAAAAUCAGCGUCCUGAUCAAUCAAUCAAUCAAACUUUAUUUUUAAAGCGCUUUUCCUACAGUAAUGUGACUCAAAGUUGUUUACAAUCAACUUAAAAACAAAAGCAAAAAACUAUCCCAGAUGCCCCCUUACCCCCCACCCACCCACCCACCCACACACACACCAACGCACCCGCACAUACACACACUAAGAGAGUGGAUGAGGCUGAGUGCAGAUGAACCGGUUGAGAAGGCACCGUCAGAGGAGCCGUCAGCACCAGGAGCAGAGAGCCGCCUGCAGCAACAGGACACCGACACAGGGCCAGUGGAGGGAGGACAGCAACCUCCACCAGGAACCCCAUGGGUUCCUGCAAACACAGCUGACCACUGCUCCCGGUGCUGAGGGCUCCCUCAGAGGAAACACUGGGGGUCCUAAAAAUGACAAAUGGAUAAAAACAUGUGGAAAAAAUACCCUACUCUGUGGACUUCUUAAAAUGUAUCCACCUAGCUGUCUAAAACUAACUGUGAAUUUCACAUUAUGAUUAAGAAGAUUUUUUUGAAAGUGUGUAAUGUGCGGGAUGUUAUUUGCAAUAUAUGGUAGGUUGUGGAUGGUGGUGAUCCGUCCACGGAGAGACACUAAACAACAAAACUUACAAACAAAUAAUGCCUGUAUUUAAAGUUAAAGUUGCUGAUAAGCUUUGUCAAGGACAAACUUGUUAAUAAUUAUUCCAAAUGCUUUUUUUAUGGGGAUUCAAUGUAGUGAUAUCUUUAAGUGCUUUUUUUUAAAGCAUCCUUUUUAUAGAAUGACUGAAGUUAUUUAUUUAUUUAUUUUUUUCAUUUACCCAAUGACUAUUUUUCUUCUUUCCCAUUAGAUCUCAGAUCCUGAGAAAUGCGACCAGAUGUACGAGAGCUUGGCUCGCAUUAACACCAACGUAUACAAACAACGGGUAAAGAUAUUAUACAAUCUUACAAAUCUACUAAGAGCUAACUGACUGAAAACUGUUCUUGUCUUUGAGUUAUAUGUCCUAAAAUGUCUUUUUCAAUUUGUAAAAUAAAUUGUCUGCAAAAAAGGAUGAUUUGACAUUUACCUUUUUUUUAACUUUCUCAAAAUCUUUUACAAUCAGAGUAAAGGUCUUUUUAUUUAAUCUUAUUAACAUCAUAAUCUCUUCUGACAGACAAAUUAAUCCUGUCACAGCUUCAUACCUUCAUGUUGAAAUGCAGACAAUGUUGAUUGGUUGUUCUGCAAACAAUGCAUUUGUUCACCUUUUUUAACAAGUGUGUAUUUAAGUGUAAAACAAACAAAAAACACUUGACUUCUUUUGUGUCUUUGUGUGUUUACAGUUUCCUCGUGUUAGAGACACAAGCUUUACUGGAGUUACAGUGGAAGAGUGCCGAGUGCUUUUGUCAGGCAAGGAACCACAAAUACCUUAAAGAUUAAUGUCUCCAGUAAUGAAACAGUGGGGCUUUAGUUCUUUCUUCUUUGUCUCUGUACAGGGAGUGUGCAACAGAUGGAUGAGGAGAAAAAGGGUUUGUGGAAGACAUUAAUGGAGAGAUUCUCCAAAUCCCCCGAAGACCCAGAGAAACCAGAGAAAGCCCCUGAAAAAUGA